AUGGGGCCCCGCAGGAACAGGAAGGAAGUUUCUGGCCCAGACAAGAUCGGAAACGUCAGCUUCACUGACUCCGGGACCGGCGAUGUGUCCUGCUUGCCCGAGGCCGAGCGACAAGCGCUGGGCCCUUCCCGAGCCAGCAGCUCCCAGGGCGCACCUGUCCUCCCCCGCUUUCUCCGGGCAACACUUCCCCACUGGGCUGACCGGGCUGCCCGACCCCAAGCUCUGGCGUCCACUGAACCGCCCGCCAUCCAUUACCCUGGGGACCCCAGCCCCGCAGCGCCCCAGGACAAGCCCAUCCCCCCACCCAGACCCCCACACCCAGACCACCGCUGCCCUGGACGCUGCAGACCUGAGUCCCCAGCAGAACUCAGCCCCCUCAGACCCCCGCUCCAGGAGCCCCUGAGACCCGGAAGCCCCAGCUUCACAGACGCCAGCAUCACCCCCCCUCCAGCCCCCUCCCCGAGACCCAGGGCUUCCCAGACUUCAGCCCCCACCCCACCCGGGGCCUCUAGCCCCAGGGCAUCCCUCACCCUCUCUCAAACCCUGGACUCCACAGCCUUCAUCCCCGUCCCCCUUUCCCGGGGACCCCCCAAAGACCCCAAACCACCGGCCCUCGCAGACCUCAAUACACCCAGAGGCUGCGACCCUCAGAGACCCCGAACCCCUACAGUCCCAGAUCCCCUAAGCCCCCAGUCCACACAGACCCGUAUCCCCAAAGACCCCGUGCCCCUGGCCCUUGAGACCCCGGAGCCCCCGACCCCCAGAGCCCCUGGCCCUACCAGACCCCAUCCCCCCGGACACACCGACCCUCGCAGAUCCCGGACCCCCAUCCCUCAGAGCCACCAGUCCUCACAGACCCCUAGCCCCCGGGGCCCCCGACCUCGCAGACCCCGGACCCCCAGAGACCCCGUCCCCCCAAGCCACUGGCCCUGGCAGACCCCGGAGCACCCGUCCCCGCAGCCCUCAGAGACCCCGGUCCCCCCAACCCUCGCGGACCCCGAACCCCAAAGACCCCAUCCCGGACCCCCAUCCCCUCAGAGCCACCAGCCCUCAGAGACCCCUAGCCCCCGGAGCCCCCGACCUUCGCAGACCCCGGACCCCCAGAGACCCCGUCCCCCCAAGCCACUGGCCCUGGCAGACACCGGAGCACCCGUCCCCGCAGCCCUCAGAGACCCCGAGCCGCUGGCCCUCGCAGACCCCGGAGCCUCCGUCCCCCCAAAGCACCUGGCCCUCACAGACCCCGGACCCCCGGAACCCCCAACCCUCACAGACCCCGUCCCCCCAGAGCCCCCGGCUCUCGCAGACCCUGGACCCCCGAAGCCGCCAGCCCUCACAGACCCCAACCCUCGCAGACACCAGAUCCCCGUCGCCCCCGUCCCCCCAAUCCCCCAACCCUCGCAGACCCCGGACCCCCGGAGUCCCCGUACCCCGGAGCCCCCGACCCUCACAGACCCCGGAUCCCCGGAGCCCCCGUCCCCCCAGUCCCCCAACCCUCGCAGACCCUGGAUCCCCGGAGCCCCCGACCCUCACAGACCCCAGAGACCCCGGCCCUCUCAGACCCCGGACCCCCGGAGUCCCCGUCCCCCCAGAGCUCCCGGCUCCUACAGAUCCCGUCCCCCCGGAGCCCCCGGCCCUCGCAGACCCCGGACCCCUGGAGCCCCGGCCCUCACAGACCCCGGAUCCCCGGUCCCCGAAGACCACGGCCCGCCGGACCCCCCGGCCGGGUUCGCGGAAGAGGGUGGUCGCAGGUCGUCGCUUACCGGCGCGGGGCUCCGCUUGCGCCCCCGGCCGCCGCCGCCCAGGCCCGAGCUCACCGCCGUCCCCCGACGACCCCGGCAGCCGCGGCCUCUCUGCCCGGCGCCGCCACCGUCCGCCGGAGGCGCCCCAGACGCCACCCGCCGUCGCCGCCGCCCGCCCGCCCCUGUGACGCAUUUCCGCUUCCGGCGCUCGUGCCCGCGGAAGCGGCCGCGCGGCAGCUCCCCGUUACGCCGGCCGGCCCUGGCCCCGCCCCUUGGGGCGGGACUUCCGGGAGGCCCCGGGUGA